AUGGAGCGAGACCGACAUCUUCCUGAGCACGGAAUUCCACCAGAGCCUCCAACGGUCGACCCCGCCGCCGCCUUACCUUCCCCAAGGGUCGACGCUGGGACGGUUCCUGGCUCCUUCGCAUCAACGGAGCGCGCCCCCAGCGGGAGCGGAAUUCUCGAGCGCGCAUCCGGCUCCACGGGAGGAGUGGUCGAGCGCACCGGUAGCACUUCCCUUUACACUCCUAGAUGGGCACGCGGGGCAGGAGGAGCACCUGUACCCCCUUCCGCCAUGGCCUCUGCGGCUGCCGCCGCAACAGCCGCCGCGUCUGCCUCCGCGUCUGCCGCCGCUGCCGCAGCCGCCGCCGCAGCCGUGCCUUCGGAUCCAACCACUCCUAGCGGCCCGCUGACGGCUCCGUUAGACGUCAGUUUUACCUCCACUAACACGCCCACUCCGUUAGGGUUUCAGCAAGGCUUUCCGGGUUUCCAGCCACGGGAUCCGGAGCGCGACAGGCGGAAUCUGUCCAUGGAGAUGCCGGAACCCCCCCCUCGGCGGAGAACCCGCCCUGUCUCUUCCGCCAUCUACCCUCGCCCCCACGUCGCCGCUUCCCCCGCCGACGGCAUGGCGCACCGUGGAAUGGGCAGCGACUUGAGCGGAGACGCGCGGCUCUGGUCCCCGUCGCAGCAUCUCCAGCGCGGGCGCAUGCCGGAAGCCGCCUUCCCCAGUUACCGCCCAGGCGACAGUGGAAUUCUCCGCGGCGGGAGGCGGCCCGGCGGGCCGAUGUCCGGGCAGUUUCCCGGCCCGGGCAUGGGAAAGUCGGGCAUGAUUGGCCAGUCGGGGUUGAUUGGGCAGUCGGGAAUGUUUCCGCCGCCGUCGGCGAUCCCCCAGUCAGGGUCGUGGGGGGGGACGGCGCCGAACACGCCGAGCAUACCGAAAUCGAAUAUAGUGCAGAAAUCUAUGAUUAUGUGCAUGGAUCCGACGUGUAACAAGUGCCCCCCCGAGAUGCACGCGCUGCGGAACCGGAAGCUUAUGGCGGCGGCGAUUGACGAGUUCCCGCAGCCCCUAGCGUCGAAAGACGCGCGCGGAGGGGGGAGGCGGGGGAGCGACGGGGGCGGGGACGGCGGAGGGGACGGGGGAGGAGGCCGCGGAGGAAUGGACGACUUUGAGUAUGAUUUUGACGAGUUUGAUUUCGAGGACGACGAGGAGUAUGACGAGGAGACGGGCGGCAAGAGGACAAUCAUUCGCUGCUGCGGCCUGCCAUGCUUUGUCUUCACCAGCAGGGGAAAGCGCCGGUCGCCGAUGCUGGGGUUCUUCCGAUUUGUGGAGGGGCUGGUGCAACCCGUGGGCAUCCUCAACCCGCACUCCAGGUUCGUGGCGCAGUGGAACAAGUGGUUCAUGGUCACGUGCAUCUUUGGCUUCUGUAUCGACCCCUGGUUCCUCUUCACACUCCUCACCAUGUUCUCGCCCUCCAAGGUCACCCUGUGCCUAGACAUCAACUACCCUGCUGCCAUCACUCUCACUGUCAUGCGUUCAGUUGUGGAUCUUAUGUAUCUGAUCAACAUAUUUAUACAGUUCCGCAUGGCCUAUUUCGUCCCAGCGCCCAGCAACCGCUCCUAUAGAUGGAGCUGCCUGCAAUGGUGGUACACCGAUCCGUCGAAGCUGGCCCUCCCAGAGCUGGUUCCGGGGGAUAUGGUGACGGACACGAGGGUGAUCGCCAUUCGAUACCUCAAGUCCUGGUUCCUCGUGGACCUAGUUUCCACCUUCCCCAUACCCCAGAUAUUCAUCCUGGGAAUCGUCCCAGCUCUCGGCAAGUCCGUCCCCACAGCAGCCAACACGUGGAUCGCCGUGCUCACGCUGCUCGCCCUCUGCGUUCAGAACAUCCCCCGCGCCGCCCGCUUCUUCCCUCUCCUCGCGGGCACGGCGCCGCACGUGACGGGCUUUGUGUUUGAGACCGCCUGGGCUAACUUCUUGCUCAACCUGGUCUUCUACCUCAUGGCGUCUAACUUCGUGGGAGGCGUCUGGUACAUUCUUGCAAUCGACCGUUUCAGCGAGUGCCUGCAAAACGUCUGCACCAACACAAAGGGUUGCAACCCCACCUACCUCUACUGCGGCAACACCAACGCCCCUGUCAUCACCGUCACCGCUGCGGACCUCUUUUCACCGCAGUACACCGGGAAGAACGUCACCACAUGCCUGUACACCCCUGGGGACGACGGCAAAACGGAUUCCCCCAUCCCGUACGGGGUGUUUGCAAAUGCAAUCCCGCUCACGUCAAGCCCGGACGUGGUCUCAAACUACCUAUACUCCUUCUUCUGGGGACUGCAGCAAGUGAGCACGCUGUGUGGCAAUCUACAGCCAUCGCGGUGGGAUGUGGAGGUGCUAUUCGUCAUCAUUGUAAUCAUAAUUGGUCUGCUGCUGCUGGCGCUCCUCAUCGGCAACAUCUCCAACUACUUGCAAUCGCUCAACAGAAGGUCAUUCGAGUAUCAGUUGCAGCGUCACGACAUCGACUCGUGGAUGCAGCGCAGGAACCUUCCUGUCGACCUCCAGAAGCAAGUGCAGGCGCAGCUGCGGCUGCAGUGGGCGGCAACUAGAGGGGUGGAUGAAGCAGAGCUGCUGGACGGUUUCUCAGACUCCAUUCAGAUUGACCUCCGCCGCUCAUUGUGCCUGGAGCUGCUGCAAUGCUCCAAGCUGUUUUGCGCCAUGGAGCCCCCAGUGCUCGACGCCUUCUGUGCGCGGCUGAAGCAGCAGAUCUACACGGCUGGUUCAAUGAUCAUACGAGAGGGCUACCCCGUCUCGCGCAUCUUCUUCGUCCUCCGAGGGGAGCUCGAGAGCUUCUCAACCUUUGGGGGCCACACGGGGAUGGUGGAUACGAUGGUGCUGGGCAAGGGGGACUUCCUGGGCGAGGAGCUGCUGGUUGACUGCCUCGAGAAAAUCGAUGCUGCCAGCGGGAGGAGCUCAGGACGUUCCCUCACCUUGCGCCGAUCCAUAUCAGUGACGCCAUCAUCGCUCACCAGCUCUGCCAACCUCUCCCAGCCUUCCGUAGACGUGCUGCCAACGGCGCAUCGGUCCGUGCGCUGCCUGGGGCCCGUCGAAGGGUACUCGCUGGAGGCUGCUGACGUGGCGUCUGUGUGCAAGCAGUUUGCUCGCAUGCUCUCCACCAAUGCCGUGCAGUGCGCUCUCAACCAAAUUUGCUUCAACAGACGAACGCACGCCGCCCGCACGAUCCAGGUGGCGUUCCGUCAGUACUUGAGACGAAAAUAUGGGCUGUCCUUGCCGGAUAUUGUUAAGGCGGUUAAGAAUAGGCGCAUGGCGGCGGUGCUCAACAAAGCGCAGGAGCUGAGAAAUACUAGUGCUAUUAGUAGUUCUGCUGCUGCUGCUGCUUUGGCUGUUGCAGCUGCUGGAAGCGGGAGUGUGAGUGCUAGUGGGAGGAGCAGUGGCACGGAGAAGGCAAAGGGGGAUGAGGAGAAAGGGGAUAAAGGGGAUAAGGGUGAAGGGAAGGUGAGGUUUGCUGUAGAUAAAGGAGGCAGUGGACGCGAUAAAAAGUUGGAGUAA